GUCAAGCUCAGACAUGAAAAACACGGAUUCUGACAAACUUUGGUCAGUUUUGUCGCUAUCUCGAUGAUACCCGUCUCGGUCUCUCAUCAUUGAGGAGCCCCAGCGAGCAGGAUGCACACCCUUCUUCUUCGACCAACUCUUGCCGGGCGGCUUUCCCCUCGGGCCAAGUCUUACAAGACCGUCAUCGCAUGCAUAGAGGAGCCGCUGUCCGUAUCACGCGUUCACUUCUCGACAUCGCCCAAGGUGGGUGCGAAGAACCAGGUUUAUGCCUCCGUUCGUAACCCGGACCAGUUUCACACCUACCAACUCCUGUCGGCAUCAUCCCGGACGCCUCUCUUGACGAUGUGGACAGCCUCGUACUGCCCAACGUGCAAAGUCGUAGAACCCCUCAUCCGGGAGCUCGUCGAGUCCGGUGUCGGUGAGGCUGAGGGCGGGGUGGGCUACUGCGAAGUCGAGUACGACGCGCCAGAUGUCAUGAGCGCGGGUCUGGGGAUGACCUACAUGAUCAGUGCCCUCCCGACUCUUCUCAGUUUCGACGCCCAGGAGGCUCAAGUCGAGACCAAGGUUACGGAUGCCAGGAAGAUGGCCAACCGUCAGUUUCUGGAGGAGUGGAUGAGGACCGAGGCACGUAGACACGGCAAUCGGGGUGGUGGCGGGGGCAACUUCCUCAGCAAUUUCUUUGGCAAGUCGAAAUAGUUGUGAAACGGCUGACCCCCAACAGUCUGGGCCGAGAGAAUAGAAGCUUUUAGGUAAGUGGUAGGCUUUGAAUAUCGACAUUGGGCAGCCAGCCAAGCAAACUGACACAUGCAUCAUCAAGAAAAUCAUCAGAGCGGCGAGAAUUUUGAUUUUUCAGAAAUGUGGUGACAGCUGAUAUCUCACAGCUAAUCCUCAGCAACACGGGCCCUCUCAAGGAGUGUAAGACACCUCCUCAAGGAGUGUAAAACACCUCCUCAACUCCUUUCCACCAAGCCGGUUCCCCGUCUGAACUGCUCUUCGCCCCCGGUACAAGAGACUCCUGGAGGCUGUCCGUCAACUUCCACCACUCCCUCACCUUUGGGUUCUCCC